CUUAAGCCAAAUAUUCUUGCUUUUCGAUAAGUAAAAAUACAACAUAAAACAAUAAUUGUAAACAUCAUUUAUAUAAAUCGCAAAUACAAAUAGUUAACCAUUUGCAUGCUGACAGAGUGUGCAAGCAGUUCCAAAUUACGUUACCAGUUUUCUUUAAUCUUUAAUUCGUUUUAAAAUGGAUUUUAGUGGCCCAAUGCAUCAGCAGUACCUCAAGGACUUCAUACACUCACUGCAAUCGGGCAGCGAGGACAGUCACAGUCUAAGCGAAUCCUCGCUCAAUCCAAAUGCGGCAGAGUUCGUGCCCUCGUAUAUGAAAUUCAACGAGGAGUUUGCUUCUUGCAAAGUGACUUCUUGCCCGGCAAGGAAAGGCGACGAACUAACAACGUCGACGACAACGCUGGUCAAAGAGGAGGUUAUCGGCGAUGCCCAGCACAUCACACGCCAGGAGGUCCAAUGCCGCAUUCAGCGACAACUAUUCCAUUUGAUGGGUGAAAUCGGCAAUCUCGAUAUUCCCAUUGAGGCCAUGCAUUUCAGCCUGAUCCCAAAUGCGCAGGGCAUCAAUGUGCAGUUUCUGAUACCGAAUCGCAGCAGUAAACUGCAUUUCGAUGAGAAGCUGUGUCAGGCAUCCGCAUCCGGACUAUUUGUCGAAAUUGGACACCACGGGACAUUGGCUAAGGCUGGGCAUCCGUUAGCUAUUCAAUUUCUGAACGCCAUGUGCGAGACUCUCAAAAGGGACAGCAAAUACCCAACUCAAGCCAAGGAGCCGACGAUCUGUCCCCGAUGUACAGCUCUGCCGAAAAAGAACAGCUACACCGAGCUGGAGAUUGAGCGUCAGAUCGAGGAUAUCAAGGCGUUUGAGCGGCUGAUUAAAGAUGAUGGCGGCACACGCUAUCAGGAAGCAUUCAAGGAGCUGUGCAACAAGCUGGGACUGACAACACCUGAGGAGCAAUUGCUCAAUUCCGGCAUUGCUGCAGCAGUUCCCGCAGAGCAGCCCAAAACCGAGGUCUGUGCCGAUGAGGGUAAAAUGUCGCCGAACGAGGACGAAGAGGAAUCCUAUGACUGGGAUUCAUUUACACCGGAUUUUGAUCCCAUGCAAAUCUAUAGACUGACAGCAGGUGAAGACGACACCCAUAUGCAGCUGAACGAAGCGCAGCAGGAACAAAUUUGCUCGACCAAUAACAACGAUCAGCUGAAUCAGCCGCCUAGCAUGCCAGCCAUGUCCAUUACAACCACUGCCACUACCACAAACCUGUCCUCUGCCUAUCCCAAACUCUACAAAGUGGGCGCUCAGCUGAAGAACUCCAAUUUGCAGCCUCGCAAGACCAUCUUGCACAAGGAAAAGGAGAGCAAAUUACAACGCUAUCGCUACAGUUCGCCAGUGCGAAAUGGCUUGACCACGGCCACAAUGACCAAGAAGCUUCCGGAGCCCCUUUAUGUGAGCGGCAGCCGAGCCAAGACGCUGCCAGCAAAGACAAGUACAGUCAAGAGCGAGCUAGCCGGUAGCCAGCUUUUUAAAACGCCUAACAAGGUGGUUAAACAUCAUCCGGACACCAAGCACAACAAGGCAGCCACCUUAGAACGUUCUUUGGCCAGCGGAACACUGCAAACUCCUAGUCCCAAACAGACCGCAGCUACAGCUACAUCUGCUCCACGAGUUGUUGUCCCACGCAGCACCCAUGCCUCCCAGAUGCGGCAAUCGGAGGUGAAACGCCGCUUGAGUCUAAUGCGCGGUGAUGACAGCGACGUCCAAUUCAAUGAGUAUCUGUUCAAAUAAGUAAUUUACACUUCGUGGUUUGUUGCACACUUUCAGUUCAAAAGCAUUAUUGUAAACAUUUAUUCGAACCCACAAAAAAAAUUGUUAAAAUGCAGUUUUUCUGUGAACUGAAUAAUGUUAAGUAUGGAAUCAGAAAAUAGAAACGUGGUCAAGUUUUUGGGAAAAUGUCUUAGAGAUAAUUAUAACAAGCACACUUCAGUAAAUAAACUUGUGAUAUUACAAUAA